AUGGCUGAGGGAGAAUUUAUCCCGGGAAUUGCGGAUCCCGCUGCCGGGGAAGGGCGGGAAGCGCCGGGAUCCGGCCGGGAUCGAUCCAGGAUCGAUGGAGCAUCCGCCCGGAAAGCCGAGAGCGCCUGGAGGGCGCCGGGAAGGGCGGGAAGUGUCCCUGAGUGUCCCCUCUGUCCCCUGAGUGUCCCCAAGUGUCCCUGGCUGUCCCUGAGUGUCCCCUGGGUCCCACAGAAGCUCGAGGGCUCCAAGAGCCGGGGGCAGCUCCUGAUCUUCGGUGCCACCAACUGGGACCUGAUCGGCCGCAAGGAGGUGCCCAAGCAGCAGGCGGCGUACCGGAACCUGGGUCAGAACCUGUGGGGGCCGCACCGCUACGGCAGCCUGGGCGCGCUGCGGGUGCGCUCGGUGGUGUCGGGGCCCUGCGCCGCGCACAGCCUGCUCAUCACCGCCGAGGGCCGCCUCUGGAGCUGGGGUGAGCCGGGAACGCGGGGUGGAGCGCGGACAAAAUCCUGGGAAACGCCCCAAAACCUGCCCCUUUAUCCCAAAACCCACCUCUUUCUCCCCCAAAUUGUGGGAGAGCAUUCCCAAGAUCCCGCUUUUCCCCCCGAUCCCGCUGUUCCCGCAGAGAGCGGCUCCGUGUUCGCCUUCGGGGAGAACAAGCUGGGCCAGCUGGGGCUGGGGAACCAGACGGAUGCCGUGCCCAGCCCCACACAGAUCCUGUACAACGGGCAGCCGAUCUGCAAGCUGGGCUGCGGUGCCGAGUUCAGCAUGGUGAUGGACUGCAAGGGGAACCUGUACUCCUUCGGGUGUCCGGAGUACGGACAGCUGGGGCACAAUUCCGACGGGAAGUUCAUCGCGCGGGCGCAGCGCAUCGAGUACGACUGCGAGCUGCUGCCGCGGCGCCUGGCGCUCUUCGUGGAGCGCACCAAGGACGGGCAGGUGCUGCCCGUGCCCAACGUGGUGGUCCGGGACGUGGCCUGCGGAGCCAACCACACCGUACGGAUCGGG